AUGAAAUUUACUAAAUUAAUUUUGCAAAUAUGUUCAAUGACGAACAACAAUGAAUUAACAAAUGAUAGGAAAGAAAAAAAUAAAAACUUUUGGCAUCAAGGCGAUACACUUAAUUUCUAUAAUCAUGGCGAUAGGCUUGAAGUACUCGUGAAUAAAAUUGGUCCAUAUGCAAAUGUGCAUGAAACUUAUCCAUUUUAUCAAUUACCAUUAUGUCGUCCAAAAACGGUAAAUAAGCAAGUUUUAUUAUUUGCUUCCUUUUUUUUUCAAAUACUUUUAAUAGACUGUAAUUUAAAAUUAUGGGUGCUUAGCAUAGUCCACAAAACACUUUCAUUGGGUCAACUUUUGCAAGGCGAUCGUUUGGCGUUAUCACCAUUUGUGAUAAAAUACAGGCAAAAUUUGGAAAAACGAUCUUUAUGUGGACCAUAUAGAUUGACUUUAGAGGAAAUAAAUCAACUUAAAGAAGCUAUUGAAAGAAAUUUCUAUUUCGAGAUUGUUAUAGAUGAUAUUCGCGCACAAAUGUAUUUCGGUAAAGUCGACGAAACGAAAACGUUUCCACAUGAACAUAUUGUUUCUAUAUUUACCCAUUAUAUUAUAGAUAUAGGAUUCAGUGACGACGAGAUCACAAGUGUCGCUUUGGAUAAUGAUCCUGACUCGGCAAGAGAUUUAGAAUCGUUUAAAGAUAAAGAAUUUGAACUUUUUUAUAGUAUUAAUUGGAUUAAGACUGAUGAGGAAAGUCGACAUGCAUUUGAGAGGACACAGUUUCUAAAGAUUAAAACUAAAAGUGUUGAAUGGCUAGCACUACUUAUUUCUUCUUUACUUCUUCUUUUACUUAUAUUCAUGUUCGCAAUCGUGCUAAUUUCUGUGGUAAGAAGAGAUUUGGAUCGUUAUAAUCGUGCUUCUGAUCAAGACCUUCUUCUUGAGCAAGGUUGGAAGAUCAUCUCUGCAGAUGUGUUUCGCGUACCACUUGAAGCCAAUUUUCUAUCAGCUAUCCUGGGAGUGGGAUCGCAGUUUCUUUUCUUAGCUGUUUUUAUUUUGAUUAUCGGAUCGACUGGAUUUAUAAGGGAACACCAACAUGAUGCUCUAAAUACAUUGGUUAUUGUACUAUAUGCUUUAACGUCAGGUAUUGGCGGUUAUGUUUCAGCUCGAGUUUAUUCGCAACUCAAAGGAAAAAAAUGGUUUUCUAACGUAAAUCUGACAAGCAGUUUGUUUACCGUUCCCAUGUUGCUGAUAUGGGCAUUAAAUAAUACAGUUUCUUGGGUAUAUCAAUCAACGCAGGCUUUACCAUAUACAACUGUUUUAAUAUUAGCUCUAUUAUGGUUGUGUGUUGGAUAUCCGCUGACAUUUAUUGGUGCAUCAUUCGCUAAAAGUGUUGCAGUUAAAUAUUCGCCACCUUGCCGCACUCGUACCAUUCCGAGAGAAUUGCCAAAUUUGCCAUUUUAUUAUUCUAAUAUACUUUUUAUGUUUGUUGGUGGAUUGGUACCUUUCAGCGCUAUGGCAGUCGAGCUUCACUAUUUAUUUAUAACCGUUUGGGGUCGAGAAGUACAAAUAAUUUUUUAUGUUCUUAUUAUAGUUCUAUUUCUGGUGCUGUCUGUUGUUGCUUUCUGUUCUGUUCUUUUAAUAUAUGUUCAGUUAAAUUGCGAAGAUUAUCGAUGGUGGUGGAAUUCUAUAUUAAUUGGAGGAUCGGUUGGAUUUUUUGUGUUUUGCUAUGGGCUAUUCUUUUAUUUAUAUCGUACUGAAAUGUCAGGAAUAUUGCAAAUAACUCAUUUCUUUUCGCAUCUUAUUCUGCUUUGCUAUAUAUUUUUCCUUGCGAUGGGAACUGUAUCGUUUUUUGCUUGUCGUUUCUUUAUCCAUUUCAUUUAUUCAAGAGUCAAAACUGAUUGA